AUGGAGCUAUUGGUGGCCGUUCUUUUGCUCAGUCUACUUAUCCCUUCUUCCGGCGGGGAAAAAUUAUCCGGAUUGCCGUCCAAUUUCAGGCUCCGCAAUGCUCCGGCAGCCGGUCUUUGUGCUCAUCUCAUCGAACCCGCCGGCUAUCCUUGCUCCGAGCACAUUACUCAAACGAAAGAUGGUUACUUGCUUGGUCUUCAACGGGUAUCAGGUUCAUCAUCAUCAUCUCGCACUGGAUAUCUAAAUGGACAAAGGGGUCCGCCCGUUCUUCUUCUUCAUGGUUUAAUGAUGUCAGGUGAUGCCUGGUUCAUGGACUCCCCGAAUCAAUCUUUGGGCUUUAUCCUUGCUGAUAACGGGUUUGAUGUAUGGGCUGGAAAUGUCCGCGGGACGCGUUGGAGCCAUGGACAUGUCUCUUUAUCUGAGAGGGAAAAGGAAUUCUGGGAUUGGAGUUGGCAGGAACUGGCUUUGUAUGAUCUUGCAGAAAUGGCUCGUUAUAUUUCUAAUGUUACAAACUCAAAAGUGUUCAUUGUUGGACAUUCACAGGGAACUAUUAUGUCUCUAGCUGCCCUUACUCAGCCGGAUUUAGCAUCAAUGGUUGAAGCAGCUGCUCUUUUGUGUCCCAUAUCAUAUUUGAAUCAUAUCAGUACUGAAUUUGUUCUAAGACUUGUGAAAAUGCACAUGGACGACGUCUUUCUUGCAAUGGGUAUUCAUGAACUUAAUUUCAAGAGUGAUAUGGGUACUCAACUUAUGGAUAUGAUUUGCGAUGGACGUGUCAAUUGCAAUGACUUGCUUGGUUCAAUCACAGGAAAGAAUUGUUGUUUCAAUGACUCCCGGAUCGAUUUCUACCUGGAAUACGAGCCUCAUCCUACAUCUGCAAAGAAUCUGCACCACCUUUUCCAAAUGAUUCGUAAAGGUACUUUCAAAAUGUAUGAUUAUGGAUUCUGGAAGAACUUUAAGGAAUACGGAAGUUUUCAACCCCCAAGAUUUGACCUUCGCAAUAUCCCUGAAUCAAUACCGUUAUGGAUGGGAUAUGGUGGAAGCGAUGCUUUAGCCGAUGUAACCGAUGUUCGCCGCACACUGAAGGAACUAAAAGGCAAGCCAGAGUUACUUUACCUGGAGGAAUAUGGCCAUAUAGACUUCCUCCUCAGUGUAAGUUCAAAGAAAGAUGUUUAUGAUGACAUGAUUAGGUUCUUCAAGAAUUUGUCUGGAAGAUAUACUAGUUACUAA